AUGGGACUGUGCGCAUCGAUGCUGCAGCGUAGGGCGAAGAAGCGGUACCCAGAACCGAGGCGCGGCACGCCGACGGCGCUGUUCGUCGUCAGAGGCGACCGCCGCCGGUCGAAUCCAGAGGCAAUGGUGUUCCAGGUGCAAGACUCUGGUCGGAGACAGCUUCAGAAACCUGCUGCUGGCAUGGCGGAGACCAGAAGGCCCGAGGGAUGCUGGCAGCAAGGCGCGUGCGCGCUGGAGAGGGUGCUCGGCGCACAGAUGCCUCGGCUGCCUUGUGGGGGCACCGGGACCGUCGGCGUUGAGCCGGAUGCAGCGAUGUCCAUGCCCAAGGCAGCGGCAGAGCGAGUCGCGUCGCCGGGGAGGUGUCGGACGCCACCGACGACACAGAUGAUGCAGGCAUCAGGGGCCAUGACGCCUGUGAGGCAUGAGCGGUGUGGGACGCCGACGGCAGCGAUGACGCCGGGGCGGCCGGUGUGGCAGAGGAGGAUACUGAUGGGGGUGCGGUGUGAGCUGCCGCGGUUCAGCGGGCUCAUACUGUACGACGAGCAAGGCCGGCGUCUAAAUAUCGGAACCCCUGGCAGAAGAAACCAUCGCCAGGUAAUGCACGCUGAGUACUCAGACAUUGCUGCAUCUGCAUACAAUUUUUGGGACAGGAAGUAA